AAUCCGGCGUACAGCAUCGGUGCCCUUUCCAUCUGCUUCAACCUGAACGCUUCACUGUCCGGUGUCACAUUUGGCGUUGCAACCGCAUCCAGUACGCGGAUCGCGGUAGCCCUGGGUGCAAACAAGCCCCACGUUGCACGAGCCGCUUCCAAGGCCUUCAUCGCGGUCGGCGUCGCUUUAGGCGCCGCCAUCGCGGCCGCGCUCGCGGCCUUCCGGCGCCACUUCAUUGCGGCGCUCACCUCCGAGCCCGAGACCGCCUGCCUCGCGGCGCAGGUGAUUUCUCUUCAAUCUUAUGAUACCCGCAGGAAAUCGCGCAGGGGAUUCUGCGCGGGAGCGCGCGGCCGCACUUCGUGUUCCUCAUCGUUGAUCACGCAAUACCCGCUGGGGAUCGCGGCGUCGGGCGCGCUGGGGGGCCUGGGUGUCUGCGGGCUGUGGCUGGGGAUGGUCAUCGCUGACGUGGCGGCGCAGCUGACGUCCGAGGUGACCCUGGUGUGGAAGACGGACUGGGAGGACCUGGCCGCGAAAGUCCCGUUCGCGCUGUAUCACCUGAUCGCGAUCCUCACAACGUCCUUCCUCUUCGUGAUGGCGUACCAGUUCGUCUUCGUUGCCGGCUACCUAGGAUGCGUGCCGGUUUUGCUACCGACGCUGGGAUUCCAAAGCCUGCGCGAGCUCGCCAACGUGCUCGCGGAUCCGCUGGGCAAUGACGACACCGACAUCCCUGUGUUUGACUAUGUCCUGGAGUGGCACACCACCAUGGAAAGCAUGAUCAACCUGCCCAGGGAGAAGGAGUCAGUCAGCCCGUAA